AUGUUGCCUGUUUGCUCGGCAUCCACCAGCUGCUCUUAUCAUUCACGGUUUCUCCAUGGAGGGUUGAAUCCCUUUUCCUCAUAUUGGAAGACAUUUGAGGAUAAUUUCAACACUGUGGACAGAGUAGUCCACAACUUCUCAAAUGGAAGACUUCCCUUCAAGAGACAACCUGCUUCAUGUUUCUUUUCUAACUUUGUUGAAAACGGUGAACGAUCUGGCUCCAUGGAUUGUAUUAACAGAUCAGUGCGUCAGAGCAAAUUUGACGACAUAAAUAUCAAUUUCAGUUAUCCAGUUGGGGUAAUUGAUGAAUCACACCCUUUAGGACCAUCCAAUUUGAAAUUUGUAGACAGCUCUAGUUACUCUACUGGAGAUGAUCAGCUAAUGGAUAUUACCAGUAAAACCAUUGAAUAUACUGAUAUCUUAAAUCCUGAAUUAAUUAUACCAAUAGACGGUGCACCGGACGAUCCUGCCUCGGUCUCUGAUUCAGUCAACAUGAAUGUAAAUUCCUUAUCUGAUUUGAAAACAAGUGCUGCUGAUAUUUUUGCUGAACUGAAUGAAUCCAUUGCUGAUACGAUCAAUAAAGGAGAAAAUGCUCUGAACAACUCUUUCAAUACUAUCACUUCAUCCGUGACGACUGCUCUCGGGAGUGCUAAUGAAGCAGUUGAUAAUGCAAUCAAUAAAAUCAUAUCGGGCAUCACUAAAUCUGGGGUAUCUGCUGGUGAUAAGUUGACAGGCUUGUCCAGUGAUAUAAAGCAAACAUCAGGUAAGGUGGGGCUUGUUGCACUUGAUGUGUUGAGGCGAUCAAUCGUGGUGGUUGAGGAUUAUUUAGGACAGGGGAUCACCUAUGUUGGAUAUGCUUAUAGUUCUGCUAAGGAAUCAUUUCCUUCAGAACUUCGAGAUGCACUUAAUUUAUCUGAAGAGAGCGUGAUAAAAGUAUUGAGGCCGGUUGGAACUGCUUUUCAACAGGUUUCCAUUGGUUUAGAGGGAUUUGAAGAACGUCUUGGCUUGGACCCAAAUGAUCCCCUCAUCCCAGCUGUUCUUUUUCUUGGAGUGUCAGCCACUACAUGGGUUUCUUAUCGGGUAUUAAAGUACAGUGGAUAUGCUGGAGAUUUAUCUCCCGAGUCAACUUUGGAGCUCCUGUGCAGCAACGGGAAUGUUGUUCUUAUUGAUAUUAGGCCUGAGAAUCUCAGGGAAAGGGAUGGCAUUCCUGAUCUUCGACGGGCAGCUCGGUUUCGAUAUGCUAGUGUAACACUACCUGAGGUUGACAGUUCUCUGAAAAAGUUGCUGAAGACAGGAAGAAACUUUGAGGACAUGUUGCUUGCUGCUGUUAUUCGCAACCUGAAAAUUGUGAAAGACAGGUCCAAGAUUUUGAUUAUGGAUGCUGAUGGAACUCGUUCCAAGGGUGUUGCGAGAUCAUUGAGAAAGCUUGGAACUAAGGCAAGUGAGUACCAGUUUGCUCUAAACUUAGAGUGGAAAAUAUCCCGUGUGAAUGGAAAUGGUUCUUUUGUAUUCAAAAUGUGGUUCAAAACUGGUUCUAUGCCAUUUCUAUCUAGUCCAUAUCUGGUCAAGGGUGGCUUUCGCUCUUGGGUAGAAGAGGGUUUCCGUGUUAAAGAGCUAAAAACCGAGACAACGCUCGUGAUACUCAGUGAGGAAGCUGAAGCAAUUCUGGAGGACAUCAAACCAACUCCGUUAAAACUCCUUGGAUAUGGAGUGGGUUUUUUUGCUGCAGCUUAUGUAUUAACAGAGUGGGAGAAGUCGCUGCAAUUCAUUGGAGUUGUUGGCCUCGGCCAGACUGUAUAUCGACGAGUGGCUUCUUAUGAGAAUGCAGAAGAUUUUCGACGGGACAUGAGUCUAGUGCUAGCUCCUGUUCAACAAGGAGUUGAGGCAAUUUUAUGGGCUGCUGGCAAGCUAGAAACAAAUCGUAAUGGACUACCCACCUCUCCUUCAUCAGCUGAUGUCCAAAGCAGGGUGUUGCAAGCUGCAGCAAAGCACGAAUCUCAACCGUCUGAUAGCAAAGAAGUGCAAGACUCAUCUCAAGUAGCAGUUUCUGGCAAUGAGAAUGUAGAUUUAUCUGAAGCAUAG